UGCUGUAUAACAACGAACAAUAACAACAAGUCUUAAAAUUUAUUAAAUCUUUUAUCUUUGCUGCUGACAGAGCGCGUUUAAUCGUAGCGCCCGCCCCAAAAGUCCCCACCGACAGCGAUAAAUUCAGUUGUGACCGAGGAACCGUACACAUCAGGCCCCGUAAAAGCCACAAUUGCUGGCUCAUUUCGACCUAGAAAAUACAGCCAAGUGGCCUUAUUAGCCAAAAAAACAAAAACAAAACCAGCAGCAGAGGCAGCACCAGCACCAGCAGCAGCAGCAGCCGAGCAAACAACACAUCAUUCCACGGCAAACGUCACCCAGCAAUGCGAUUAAUCCGUUAAUCUUGGCGAGAUGCGCGGAAUUGAGGGCAAAGUGGUGGUACUGGGCUCGCGAGGUGUGGGCAAAACCCGUCUGGUCAUCCGGUAUAUAAAAAACACCCUACACCGCAGCGAAAGCGAAGUGCCAACGAUAGCCGUGUCCUUUUUCACAUGCAACAUCAUUCUGGAGGAGGUCAAAAUAAAAUUGCAAAUCUGGGAUACAGCUGGCCAGGAGCGAUAUAGAGCCGUGGCACCCAUGUAUUAUAGGAAUGCCAAUGCUGCCAUUCUGGUCUUUGAUUUGACGCAGUACAAAACCUUCACAGAAAUCAAGUCUUGGAUACAGGAACUGCAUCGCAAUGUUCAGGAUCCCAUGAUACUCACUUUGGUGGGCAACAAAAUGGAUAUGCAGUCACAGCGGGCAGUGUCCCGCGAAGAGGCCUUUGUCUUUGCCACCUCCAUAGGAGCCACGUAUUUUGAGACCUCCACCGAAACGGAUCAGGGCCUGCAACAGGUCUUCAUAUCAACGGCUCAGGGCUUAGUUCGACUGGCGGAUGAGGGCAAGAGUCCGUCGCUGCGCUCCUUUGAGUCCACUGAUUCGCUGGCGUACACCAACACCAAUACUGCCUUUAGUCAUACGGUGGCUGCUCUGGCCAGAAGUCCAGGAAAUGCUGCCUUUCGGCUGCCCUACGUAGACAUAGGUCUGACCGUGGAGGGUGAGGAUGUAAAGACCAAUGGCGUGGGCAGGCUAGAGACAGCGCCGUGGAGUAUCGAGCAUAUUGCGCUUGGAGAGGUGGAGCGGCCCAGCUGGUGCUGCUAUUAAGAUCGUGUGGCCACUCUCCCUUGAUCCCUAGGAUCCAUCUCUGUGAAAGAACCAAUGUGAUUGUCAAGAAACAGAACCAGACUUUAGUUCGAAUACAGGCCGAAAGAGGCCCACCCCAGCAUCGUUUAAGCAAUCCCAAAAAAAAGAAAAAAGCAAAGACCAAAAGCAUUCGCCACAAAAAAAUAAGCAAGAUUGCAAGCUUGGCUUGAAGCUAUGUAUUAAUACACUGAAUAGGCUAUAGAUCCACGAUCCACUAACUACUUUAUCCUGGAUUUACUGACAAGGCGCUGGGACUAACCGCUUCAUUGUAAUCUUAACUCUAGAUCCUAAGCGAGAACAGCAAUUGCCGCGUGCAUAUUAUGACUUUAAGCCCCCCAUUUGACUUACCAAUCAUAAGAUUAACACAAUUUUAAAUACACAACAACAACAACAGGGAACAACACACACACUCACUCACAAAGCAUCAUCAGCAACACCAAUUCAUGUACAAAGCAUUUUAUACUCCAUGCAUAUACUUAUAUAAAUAUAAAUGUAAUAAUGUAAUGUA